AUGAUUUGGUUAUUUUUUAAAAACUGUAGUAAAAACAAAAAAAGUAAGACGAUAAAAUCUGAUGACAAUUAUCUACAGGUAAAUAAUUCAAAAUCAAUUAUCAAUGAACUUCUACCCAAAUUGGACGUUUUUGAUGAUUUGGACACUAGUAAUGAUAACGUAUUUUUUAUGGACAAACAUUUUGCAUAUCUUUCGAUUGUUGAUCCUUACAAUGAAUUUAAAGAGUCUACUCCAGAAAAAACUGAGGCUGACAAAUCAGUGGUAAUUGAAAAUGAGAGUGAAGAAAUAAACGAGGUUGAUGAUUUAGAAGCUAGUAUAAAAGACGCUAUGGUUAUUAAUAAUAGAUUUGGUAAAGUUACGCAAAAACAUUUAAAAUCGUUACAAUGCCCAUUUACUUGGGAUUUGGAACCUGAAGUGUGGAAAAAAAAUAUUGCAAAUCGAAUUGAAAAAAAAUAUGGCAAAUACAAUACGAAUAUCUCUUCAGUCAGAUUUUCAUUUGAAAAGUACAUAAGCAAUCUUAUAAUCAGUUGUGGUCUAUUUAAAAUGAAUAAAGUAGACAAAGCACACGAUAAAUUAAUAGAUAUUUGGGGAUGGCUAGAUAAAUUAGACGAUAAAAACGAACCUACAUAUUUGGCUAUUAGAGAUGGAUUGAAGCAUAUCGUUAUGUCUACAUUAUGUCAUAUAUUAUUCACUAUGAAUAGAGCGCAAUGUCAACAGUUAUUUGAAAUGAUAACAAGAUUUAAUAAUUUAGAUUCGAAGUCAAGAGCUGCAAUUAAUGCUUUACAUGCUGCCGUUUGUAUAGAGAUUGGUGGUAAAUCAUUGCAAAAUGUAGUUCAGUACGCGAAAACAGCAUGUGAAUUAGAUCCAGACACAGUUCAGUGGAAUUAUUUUCUUUCCGUAGCCAUGACUGCUCAAAGGCAAUAUCUGAAUACCAAUAUAUCGUGCCCUACUAAUACUGAAUUUGACUCUAUACAGCAAGCAAUUAUUUUAUCAAAUGAACCAAAUCCAUAUUUUAACUUCCACAGAAUGCAUUUGAUGACGAAUAAAAUACUCUAUCAUUAUCAUUUUGAUAAUAAUAGAGGGGAAAAUACUGGAAAUGAAAAUGCAAUGGAAACAAUUAAAAAAGACUUUCUCAACAUAAUAGAAUUAAUCAAGGCCAUCGUGAGCAUAGAACCGGAAGAUCCUCAUUUAGUUGUUAAAUGCGCUAAAUCUCUAAUGACUCUGCCAUAUUUAACCGAAGACAACAUUUUUCUAAUUAAACAAAUUAUAUCGAUAGCAGUUAAUAUGGCUUUUCACGAUUUUACGGUAAUUAGAGCGAUUCAAAAAAGCAUCGAAAUCUUCAGAGAAUUAGUAUUUGCUUACACAGAAAUGAAUGAAAAAAAAAGUCAAUCAGAAAACAUAAAUAUUCAAUGUAAAGUAAAAAACCAAGAGGAUGACUUAGAAAAUGAUUUUAUACUUAUCAAUGAAAAAUACGAGAAAGGUAGUAAACCGGUACUAGACUUAAUUAAUCUAUUCGAAAAAUAUGACGGAUAUUGUCGCUGGAAAAUAAUGGCACAAAUUUGUUCUUACUCAAUACUUUUCAAAGAAUCUUCAAAUUUUUUAAUUGGUGUGGAACAAUUCAUGAUGUUAAUCAAUGAAAAAAACAUUGCUAAUAGCGAUAUUAUUAAGAAACAUAGAUCAAUAUUUAUAAAGGAUCAUUCUAAGGUGUUUAACCUUGCUGAAUUAGUAUGUAAUGAAAUCAAAUUGGCUAUUACGUUUGGUUGCAUCAAAAAUCAAGAUCAAACGCAAUUAUAUUUAGAUCAAUUAACUAAAAUUAUGGAUGUGUGUCAACUGAAAUCGAAAAAAGUCAAUCCCACUCUUAUACUUGAAAUAAUUGGGAGUAGCGAGAAAGAAAAUCAGAAUAAUGUUUUCAAACAGAUCGAUACAGUUAAUCAUCAAAAUGAUCCACAGGCCACCAAACAAAUUGUUUCGAAAAAUUCUACUAAACAACGUCGGUUAAAACACACUUCUAAUAAUCAUCAUACACGAGCACCCAAAUCUAAACCAAGAAGAAGACAUCAUCGUUAUGACUAAUUGAAUUAUCUAAGUGAUUAUACAGAAUAUUUGAUAAUAAUAAAUGUAUUUACUUAUACCAGUCAUACCCAUUAUACAUUAUAGGUAAAGGUAACAACUAUACAACGUAUAAUAGGUAAAUAGUAAAUAGGUAAAAUAAAACAAAAUUAAUUAUAAAAUACAAUAUUUCAAACAUAUAGUUUAAGUAUUACUGUAAUUACAAAGUUGGUAUCUAUUCAAAUAUAUU